AUGGCUUUCAGCGCUCUGAUUGGUGAAGAGCCCCACCCAUCCACCAAUCAGCAAGCUGACAGCCAUUCACUGUCUGGCUGCAGGCUAAGAGCUGCUUUGAAGAAUCACAAACAGUCCCUGCUGAGGCAGAAUAUGAAGAUUCAGGGAAAGCUGAACACGUCUCACUGCUGCAGUGAGAUGUUUGAAAUCCGAUAUACCGAACUCUUUAUCACCAAUGAAGACCCGGUAGGGUUCCCCGGCCAACAUGAGUACUUUGUCCUGGCCAAUCGUCGAGCACGCAUCUAUGAGCACAAUAAGCAUCGGAAAAUUAGUCUUACUGGCAUCUUGUCCCCUCUGGAACCAGGAUCCAAAGGACCACAGAAGGUGCUAGUAACUGGGAUAGCUGGAAUUGGGAAGACAUCAGCAAUGCAAAGGAUUAUGCACGAGUGGGCAAUUGGAAAGGCAUUCAUCAACGUCAUCUGUGCUGUGAAUUUUGCAUUCAGGGAACUAAGCUUGCUAGAAAAGCCCGUCAGCCUUGUUGAACUUCUAAAAAUAAAUCAUGCUCACCUGCAGAAUGUAGCUGUGGAUCUGUGUAACGACCCCCAGAGUCUGUUGGUGGUAUUAGAUGGCCUUGAUGAAUUUAAACAUUCAUUAAGUGAUGGAACCAUAGUGAACAGUGUCAUGAAACCAGCACCUGUUAAAGACUUGGUUUUCAGUCUUUUGAAUGGGUCCUUGUUACCAGGUGCAUCAAUUGUGGUGACAAGUAGACCGCUACCCUCUCUUGCUCUAGAUAGCUUUGACCGUAAAGUGGUCAUUCUGGGUUUCGAGGAAAGACAAGUGAAAGACUUUUGUUUUAGGUUCUUCAGAGAAGAGCGCACAUCCGAGGAGGUCUUUCAGUAUGUCAUGAAAAAUGAUACUCUGUCAGGUUUGUCUUUCAUCCCACUGUAUUGCUUCAUAAUUUGCACAGCUUUAAGUCCUUACUUCCAGGGAAAAUCAGGAGAGUCGUGCUUUGAAAAGCCUCCAGAGACUAUGACUGAGGUCUACCGUUGUUAUCUCUGUACAACUAUGCAUCUGAGGGAAUGUUCAGCAAAAGAGAACAACGCAGAGAAGUCAAUUGGACUCUGCAGUCCACCAGUUAUGUCAGCCAUGAAGAGCACUCUUCAUCAGCUGGGAAAACUAGCUUACAAUUAUUUGCUAGUGAACAAGAUCUUGUUCACUAGUGCUGACCUGAAAAGGUUUGGCUUUGACCCUGCACAAUUACCAGACAGCUUCAUGCACAGAAUCUUUGUUCCAGUUAAUGGGCAAAGUAGCACUGAGAUGUUUUCCUUCUUCCACAUGACUGUUCAGGAGUUCUUUGCUGCCCUCUAUUGUGUUAUGUCAAUGAGUUCUGAUGCCAGUGAGCUACAGCAAUGCCUCAAUCUUUGGUGUUUUGGAAUUCACCCUGAAGAGCCAGUCCAAAGUCAACUCCUCUCAACCACUAUGCAAUUCAUGGCUGCAAAUUCCUGGGAGAGCCUGCAAAUGUUCUCGCAGUUCUUCAUGGGCCUUCUCUGCCAUAGGAUCGAGAGGAAACUAACGGGACUGGUAGACCCCUUCAGCUGUGACAUUCUGGCUCCCCUGACCAGCUGGUUUAAGGGAAAAAUGACAUAUGAGGUCAACCAGAGGCUCCUCAACCUCUUGCACUGUCUGAGGGAACUGAGACAACCAGAUGUGAUGGAAGCUGUCGCACCUGUCAUUGAUGAGGUUGAUCUGUUCAAGGUGAUUCUGAACCCAGCAGACUGUGCCACCCUUAGCUACAUAUUGCAGCAAUCCUCUUGUAAACUGAAGACUCUUAACCUUGGCUAUACAAACAUCGGGAUCCAAGGGAUGAGAAGGCUGCAGCCACUUCUCCAUCGAUGCCAGACACUAUACCUUCGCUAUAACUCCUUGGAUAAAGAGGCCGCAGACAUGGAGGCGGACGUGCUGAAAUCUCCUUACUGCCAAGUGAAAAGUCUCCUCAUGUGUGGUAACAGCAUCGGCUCAGACGGCGUACGGCGCCUCUUUGAGGCAUUACGUUACAAUCGGACCCUGGAAGAAUUGUACGUGGAUAUCAAUGGGAUCACAGACAGCGGGUUGGACAACUUACUGUCCUGUCUGGAAAACAACAAGACACUCCGGCUGUUAACGAUUGCAGGUAACAAGCUGAGCGAGAGGGGGAAGGAUGUAUUGCUAGAACUCCAGAGACGUCUGCCCCACCUGAAGAUCCUCAGCAGUUUCAUGGGCGAUAUGGGUCUUCUGCAGGCAUACCUGGACUGGGUGCAGGAACUCAAAGAAAACCCACAGCAAAUGGAGUCUGUGAAUAACGUGGAUGCCUUGCACAACGUCUUGUCGGAGCUGGGGAAGGAGGACCCUAAGGAGAAACCCAAUGAUAUUAGGAAAAGGGCAGCGGAGCUGGAGAGGGAAGUACGGCAACUCCUGCAAACCCUUUCUGAGGCUGGGUAACAGAACUUGCUGGCUCUGGAUCAGGGUCCUUCAACAAAGCUCAUGGGUGACCCCUGAUGUCCAGGAUAAAAAUUCUAGCCGCUAGGUGAAUUAAAAAAUCUUGGGGGAAAAGUAGUCCAAAACGAGACGGACGAGUCUUCAGAUGUUUCCUCAACUCCAACGUGAUUGAAUGUUUUUGAUAAUCCUAGGCGACAAAUAAGGAAACACAUCAACAUAAUCAGGGAGGAGAUGCAGGGCCGUCUUAACAGCAGUGUAGGCCCCUGGGCACAGCAAUGCACUGGGGCCCUUACCCAUCCUCCAGCGGUAGGGGUGGGGGGUGUUAUCAGUGGCAGCUUUGAUGUCCCGUAGGCGGUAGGGGGUGUUCUAUCUUCCGCUCAGCAUGUAGGACCUGGGGCAGUCAUUUCUGCUAAUUACUCCUU